AUGGGUGUCCCGGUGAAUCUCGACGAGGUUGAGUCGCAUCGCCUCAGCACCUUACCGCCACUCAAGAUCACGACGGACCUGGCGACAAACCCACCUCCGCGCGUCAGCGAGGACAAGCACGGCUUGGGUCCCAAACCUGUGCUCAACUUCAGCAAGGCCGAGGAGUUAUGCGCGAUCGAGGACGACAAGCUCAAGUUGUACAGUCUCUCCAAGCUAGAGGCAGUGCAGCGAGACCUAGUCCGCGCGACGAACGAGGCGAGCGCACUGCUCGCGUACCUCGCUCAACUGAAGGACGCGAGACAGCAAGACCACGAGACAUAG